UUUUUUUUUACAUGGUGUGUGUUUCAAGGGAUUUGGAUUUUGCGGUAACAGGUUUGAAACUGCUUGAGUGGCAGCAGGACUUCUUCCAAAGAAGUGAAUCAACUGAAGGCUUGUUUUCUCAUGUAGCCCUUCUGAGAAUUAUGGGGUUUUUUUUUUUUUUUAAAUCCAAAACAAGCAGAGGAAAGUCAGCUGAGAGAACCAACUGCAGUAGAGCCAAAAAAGGUGGGAUAACAUCCAAAGAAGUCCAGGCAAAUGGCUUAUUUCCCUACAUCUUUGUGUUUGUGUGCAUGUGCAUGCAUGCUCAGAUUUCAUUUCCUCUUGGCACAAACCGGUGUAGUCUUAUUACCAUCCCAGUGGCUUUUGCUGACGCUGUGUUUGUCCCAAAAAUCACAGCCCCUCUGGGCAAUAUGACAUCGACGUCCAAGAAGCACAGGGACUUUGUGGCAGAACCCCUGGGUCACAAGUCUGUGUUUGUACUGCCUGGAAUCGGGAAGGUGCUCGGUGAACGGCUGGUGGAGAAGGGCUUCGACAAGGUGAUUGUCCUCCGGAUGUGGGGUGUGUUUUUUGGGCUGCUGUUUUGGCGUCACUCCCUGACUGCCUUUUCCCCCAAUCCCUCUCAGGCAUGCAUGAUUCUCGGGCAAUUCCUGCUGCUGAGGAAGAACCAAGCGCUCUUCUGCGAGUGGCUCAAGUCGACGUGCGGCGCCAACAGAAAGCAGCAGGAAGACUGCUACGCGGCUCUGCUGGAGUGGUGCUACUCCUUCCUGUAGACACACCCUCUCCCCUGCUGCCAAGUGCCUGGACUCUUCCCUCUGAACCCUGACCUCUAACCCCUGAUCUCCUAUCGUAUUCACAUGUUCAAUGCCCACAACUUAAAACAAACCAUUUAAACUUUAAAAAACUAUUCUAAGCUUGCUUUUUUUUUAAAAAAAAAAAAAUUACACUUCAAAAUCCUUUUUGAAAUGCACACGCUCUCCUUUCAGUAAUGUGAUCUCAGCAGGUGCUGUAGUGUGUAGGAUUGAAGCUUUGUAAUUAGAAGGUUUCUGGUUUGAAUCCUGCCUUCUGCUCUAGUAUGCCUGAUCGAGGUACAUACCCUUAAAUAAUGCAGUAAAAACUAACUCGCUGAUAAACAGGAAAAUCACCGGGAAAUUCAUUGUCUAAAGUGCCUUGAAUAAAGGUGUGGGAUUAAUAAAGAUUGAACUGCAGCCCGGGGUGCCGUGAGCAGAAAGAAUUCACUCCUCUUAGACGAGUUUCAGCAUAUUGAGUAUGUGUGUAAGCCGGAGUGCUCGUAGCUUUGUUCCUUCAUGGUCCUUUUUUCGAGGAUUGAUCACUUUUGGACAGCUGGGACACCUAGCAUGACCGCCGUCAGCGUAACAUGGACUAAGUGAGGACCGGAAACAC